AAAACAGCGACUUGGUGUCAAACAGGAAGCGCCUGCUCAUAACACUUUAGAGCUAAUAGCAGCAUCAACACAAUGCUUAACGACAGCGAGCUUGCAACGUUGCGGAAUCGAUUUAAGAGAGAUGCGGAGUUUCUUAUGCAAACAACGACGUCGGGUGACGAAGAUGAAAAGAGUCGGGAGGAAAAAGAUGCCAAACCACUACCUCGCAUUAACAGACACUCCGUCUUCUGGAUUGUGACAUCUGUAGCUGUGACCUACUAUGUGGAUUUCUUCCACAACAUUAUGGAAAAUGAAGAUAUCAAAAGCUGGUGGUUCAAUGUGGGUCUGAUACUUCUUGGGAUCUGUUUGUCUCUGGCCAUGUUUUGCAUUGUGUACCUGGAGUGGUACAAAGGCAUUCAGCACUACGACCAAGAGUACCCUGCUGUUCCUCCCAUCACUACUGCAGCCUUUAUUGCAGCAUCAUGCAGCUUUAACAUUGCUUUGUGGCCAGUGUGGUCCUUCUUCACUCCACUGAUCCUUUUCACACAGUUCAUGGGCGUCGUCAUGUUGAUCUCUAUGUGUGGAUGAAUGCCACAGGACCAAGCACCAGUUAUGGAGGCUCCGAGUCUUUCUCCACUUUCCCUCUGAAAUGCUUUCCCCAAACACAUCCACGACUGCAACAAGUUCUAUGUUGUUUGUAUGUUGUUUUUAGAACUGCUUUUAAUGUGACUAAUUUUCUAUACUACAUCCUUGUUUCAGUGUUAAAAAUCUUUUUCACUUGUGAAGCAUCUUUAUGGAUUUUGAAAAGCGCUCUGUUAAAAACAAACUUGCAUUUCUUUUUCUUGUUAUAUUCUGCAAAGUUUGCCUGCUGUGCUUAUCUCGACCAAAAUGUGGAGAAAUACUGUGCUAGGAGAUGUUCCACUAUUUAUAACUGUGUGGGGAAACCAACAAAGUUUUGUAAUAGCUUUUAUUUUUCUUUAAUGGUUUGUGGUGAAGAAUGUAAAAAAACAAACAAACAAAAAAAACCUUCUGCUUAUAUUCUGUAUAGUGAUUUUUUUUCUUCAAUAAACUUUUGUAACUAA